GCCUGAGAAGCGGGAUUGUUGUCAUGGUCCUCCUCUACGGUAUGUUAGCUGAUGUUUUAAAUUGGCAGUCUUUUAUAUUAAUGUAUUGUCGUUUUUCUAAUGCAUAGAAGCACCAAACUACAAAUGUGUGACUAAAUGAAAGGAAGCGUUUCUUUUUGAGCUAACGUAAAGUUCGCUAAUAGAAACAUAUCAUUAACGUUAUCCAUAACCUGUCCACGCCGACAAUUCUCUUCAGAGUAACGUUAUGCAACGAGGAAAAGCUGCUAAAAACGUAGCAGCUUUUCAUCGAGCAGCUCAACUUCCGCCUGCAUCAUGACCGAGAGAGCCAACAAAGACAAACUCAAGCGAAGUUUGUCAUUGUCCAAGCGUAAGAAGAAAGGAAACGUCAAAAGUGGGAUUUCAGCCAGUGCUGUCCCCACAACUCCUAUCACCUCAUUCUUCAGCAGCCAGCCUCCACCUAAGCUGGCCUGCCCCCUGUGCUCCCAGAUGGUACCGAGAUUCAAGAUCAAUGAGCACAUUGAUUUGCAAUGUCAGAACUUUGAGAGAGGAGACAGCAGUGUCGCCUCAGCAAGUAAUAGUUCAAGCAUCCACCUAUCACCCAGAAGGAAUCCCCCAAAGUCUCCAGAGCUGGAUCCAAAGAAAGAAGAAGAGACCAAAGAGACAAGCCCCUAUUUCAAAAGGAAUAAUUCUCGGCAGGUGCCAACGGAGAUAAAAGGAAAAAGUGUAGUCAGGACUAUUGACUUGGGAAGUCUCUCCUCCAAGUUAUCAAUGAAAUCUCAUAAGGUACCUGAGAGGACACAGACAGAGGAUAAACAUCCACAGAUGUGUCCUGAAAACCAGAUAUAUUCUUCUGAGGCAUUCAGCAGCUCACAGAAAGAAAAUCUCAGUUUAGAAGACAAAAACAACUGUGUGGCAGUCAUUGACCUUACACAAACCAGUGCAGACACUCCAGUGGAAGAGCUUUCAUGUUCAGACAAAGGAUGUCAUGUUGAAUACAAACCUUGUAAAUCAGAGACUUUUGAAAAACAAGUUGCUCCAAAGUUGCGCUCUUCUUCCUCCAAACUGUCAAAGAGAAAGAUUGGAACAACUUCCACUGGCAGGUCUGAUUUCAGAAAGAAAGCAAAAUAUGAGGUGAACAGCAGGGAGCCAGAGGAGGUGCUGUCUGACUUAUAUGUGGCAGAGAGUACUGAUACGGACCAGCUUAAAACUGAGGUACCUUCUACCACUACUUGCAACCCCCCUCUGAGUUCAGGGGAAACGUAUUCCCUGACAGAGUCGGGUGCUAAGAACAUCAGCAGUGACCAGGUCGUCGAGAGCUCACAUCCCCCAUCUCUUCCGUACUACCUCCGGAACUUCCGGACUGUGCUACAGGCUGUCCUGGAAAAUGAGGACGACAGGUCAUUGUUUAACCAGGAUGAUAUGUCACCCGUACAGGCAUUUGAGAAACUCUCAGUCAUGGGGCAGAAGCUGUAUGUGAGACUCUUUCAGAGGAAACUGAAGUGGCUCCAAGUAAGUAAACUGGAUUAUGAAGAGAUAUGCAGUGAUCUGGGACCUGUUGCUCAGGAGCUGGUUCAAGGUGGUUUUCUACAAACAGAGAGCGACCUUCAGGACUUAGGGGAGGCUCUGGAACUCCUGCCUGCUCCUGAACUCAAAGCUCUGGCUAAGACUUUCCAUCUGGGAAAUUCAGGGACUCAGAAACAACAGCUAGUCCACGGACUUCUCCGUCUAAGCAGGCAGAAGUCCUUCUUCUCUCUGACCCCUGCUCAGAACAACAUCGGGGCUGUCAUUCUCAAAAGGGCAAAGCAGCUGGCGAGUUCCUGUGUGCGCCUUUGUCGUGGUCCUCGGGCUGUCUUUUCGCGUAUUCUUCUCCUCUUCUCUCUGACGGACACCAUGGAAGAGGAGGAGGUGGCGGGUGGUGGGCAGAGUCAGCUCUUCACCAUUCUGCUGGUUAACUCGGGACGCCUGGCCUUCCCAGACUACACAGUGCAGCGCACAGCCAAGGUGUUCCGGGACAGAGAGGAUCUUAUUAGAUAUGAAGCAUCCAUGCGAGCCCUGCAAGAGGUAGUCUCAGCUAUGCAGGGAGGUCAGUGGGAAGAGGCCAUGGAGCUCUACACUGCUGCCAAGAGUGUCUGGCAGGAGCUGAGGAAAACCCAUGACCUCAGUCACCAGGAGGAGCUGCCUGUGUUUCUGCGCAGCUUCACUACAGGAUGGGCUUAUACUCGGAUCUUAUCCAGAGGGGUAGAGAUUUUGCAGAGGCUACGUCGCUAUGAGGAGGCAGCAGAGGAGCUGCGGUCCUUACUGUCACAGUCCGUUUGCUGUCCUGACAGCCGAGGACGAUGGUGGGACAGACUGGCGCUAAACCUUCACCAGCACCUAAAAAAACCUGAGCAAGCUAUUUGUGCUAUCAGAGAUGGUCUGUCAGAUCCUUUGGUGCGAACUGGACAUAAACUUUCUCUUCAUCAGAGAGCUGUGAGGAUGAAAGAGUCUGCCAGCUUGAAGAAGUAUCACCUGCACCUAAAAGACCUGCCCACUAUUCAAGUCCAGGAUGUCACACAUGUGACCAUCCGGGGACAGUUGUUCCCUCAUGAGGGGGGCAAUGGGAAAUCUAGGUUCCUUUUAGCAGCAAAUGGAGAGGGAGAAGAGAGCGCUAAUGCCACUGUUAUAUGCUCUGUGGAAGAGCUGUCUUUAGCACAUUACCGUCAAGAAGGCUUCGACCAAGGGAUCCAUGGAGAGGGCUCAACAUUCUCAACCUUGUUUGCUCUUCUGCUAUGGGACAUCAUUUUUAUGGAGGGUAUUCCAGACGUUUUCAGAAAUCCAUACCAGACAUGUCCACUGGAUCUUUACACUGACUGUUUCUAUGAGAACAGAAAAGAGGCGAUCGAUGCUCGUGUGCAGUUACUAAGGGAGUCACCUGUGGAGACUUUGCAUGACAUGUUGGAAGAGGUCUGGACCUCCCAGGAGGGCAAAGUGUGUUCACUAGUCAACUGGGAGCGUUUCUCAUCCCUUCAACAGGCGCAGUCUCUCGUUUCUUGCCUGGGUGGAGCCUUCUUAGGAGGGGUAAUAAAACGAAUGUCAAAAGACUAUAGACACUGCCGUGGAGGUUUGCCCGAUCUAGUGGUGUGGAACACCUCAAACAACAGCUACAAGCUGGUGGAGGUGAAGGGGCCCACUGAUCGACUGUCUCAGAAGCAACAGAUAUGGCUGGAUGAGCUGCAGAAGCUGGGGGCUGAUGUGGAGGUGUGUCACGUGACAGCUACUGGAGCCAGAGGAGCUCGUCUGGAAUAAACACAGACACAGGGAAACUGACUGAUAAGACUUUGCUGCUAAUUAUUCAGAGUGUGUGUGAAAUUGAAACAUCAGCAGACAGAAACUCUGAAUACAAUCUGGGAGCUUUUUCUGAGUCUGGUCAU